AUGGGGGUUUUUCGCGUGGCAUCCAAGCAUAAUCCUUUGAGGGACGAACUUUUCUUUAAUCGGGCUAACUUGCAGGGUUGGACUAGUGACUUGGCCUUGGCCACCAAGGAAGAUAUCAUAGGCUCGUUUUACUUAUACAAACACUUCCCUUUUUCUUUCUUUUCUCUUGCCAGCUUGGCUAGCACGUGUCGUGCUCGCAUUGAUCAGAAGAUCAAGUUCGAGUUCGGGUCCGGCUGUAGCCGUAAUGCAGCUCGUUUCCAUGUCGAAACGAAACCAAGACUCGACUCCACUGUGAGUGAAGUAAAUGCAAUUGCUCCCACUUUUGCACCCCAACAAACUCGCCGGAAUCCCCAAACAACACUUAUCCUCGACAAAAAACACCGCAUCCUCCGGCAACUUCUCCACCGCCGUCUCCCAAAACAAUCUCGAUUUAUCCAACCGGAAAACCUCAACAUCAUCAACUACAUCAACCGAACCCCUCGACACCAAAAGAACCAAAAAGAUUCCACCUUUAUACUCAAUCAAGUACUCCCUAAAGUGUUUCUAAGCUUUUUUAGGAACUGCCCGGUUUUUUCCCAAGCAAGUAAUCUCAUAAUCCCUGCAAUCAUCAUCAUCAUCAUCAUCUUUGUAUUCGAUUACAGCAAGACUCCCCUGCCGGCUAAUGGCGUAAAAUUUCCCUUCGAGCCCGAUUGCAUUCGUGAACUCCAUAUACUGAUUGGCAGCCGAGUAAGGCUCGAUUACUCUGCAGUCCUUGUUUAUCCACCGAUAUUUUUUGGUGUAGCAAUCCUCUAUGUAAACCGAAAAAGCUGGAGAGGAUAUGCCUGUUACCACCAUAAGGCUCAAAAUACAAUUUCCUCUACCUUCCUUCUUCCAAUAAUCGGGCACCGAUGA